AUAGAUGGUUGUUUUCUAGUGGAACAGGGCGGAACCUUAUAACUAGCUUCAGUACAUUGCAAAACAACCGGUUGGGUCUCCCGCGAAUCGGCCUGACUGUCAAGUGCACUCACCAAUCGAAACCCAGAAUUUCCCCUUACAUGGAAUGCGGUUUCCAAUGGAUUGAACGAGAGGUGGUCCGUUGCUAGGGGCGAUGUUAGGUUGAACCGGGCGACUGGCAUAGUGAAGGGAGCAGGUGAACAGACGAGAAACAUUCGGCAACGCGACGGAGGGGGCAGUGCGCUUUUCGGUCCUCUUUAGGACUUCCUUGGAAUUUAAAUUAUUUGGCCACUCGAGUGACCAGACUAGUGAGUGAUUCGUGGUUCAUUCGGCAAGCUACGAUCUCUUCCCCGCCCUGGAGCUGCUGUGAAGGAGGCUCAGCGAUGAACAAGCUACGGCAGAGCUUCCGGAGGAAGAAAGACAUCUACGUGCCCGAGUCCAGCAGGCCGCACCAGUGGCAGACCGACGAGGAGGCGGUGCGCAGCGGGAAAUGCAGCUUCGCCGUGAAGUAUCUGGGCCACGUGGAGGUGGAGGAGUCUCGGGGGAUGCACAUCUGCGAGGACGCCGUAAAGAGGCUGAAGACGGACAGGAAAUUCUUCAAGGGCUUCUUUACCAAAGCGGGGAAGAAAGCAGUGAAGGCUGUGCUGUGGGUGUCUGCAGACGGCCUCCGGGUCGUAGACGACAAAACCAAGGACUUGCUCCUGGACCAGACCAUCGAGAAGGUGUCGUUCUGCGCCCCCGAUAGGAACUUCGAGAGGGCCUUCUCCUACAUCUGCCGAGACGGGACCACCCGUCGCUGGAUUUGCCACUGCUUCAUGGCCAUCAAGGACUCUGGGGAGCGGCUGAGCCACGCGGUGGGCUGUGCGUUCGCCGCCUGCCUGGAGAGGAAGCAGAAGCGGGAGAAGGAGUGCGGGGUCACGGCCACCUUCGACGCCAACCGCACCACCUUCACCCGCGAGGGCUCCUUCCGCGUCACCACGGCGACCGAGCAGGCCGAACGCGAGGAGGUCAUGCGGCAGAUCCAGGAGGCCAAGAAAGCGGAGACGGAGGCCAAGGUCCCCGCCCCUGUGAGUGCCGCAGCCCCGCCCGCGGCCAACCCCGCCGCCCUGCCCCCGGGCCCCGCCUCGCCCUCCUCGUCCCCUCCGCUGGGCCCGCCCGCCCAGGACAGCAACCCGCACGCCAUCCCGCGCCGCCACGCCACCGUGGAGGCCCUCGCGCGGCAGGGCUCCUUCCGGGGCUUUCCGGCCCUCAGCCAGAAGACGUCCCCCUUCAAGAGGCAGCUGUCCCUGCGCAUGAACGAACUGCCCUCCACCGUGCAGCGUAAGACCGACUUCCCCAUCAAAAACGCGGUGGCGGAGGCGGAGGUGGAGAUGGAGGGUGAGGGUGAGGGGGACAGUAUCAGCGCUCUGUGCUCCCAGAUCACCACGGCGUUCAGCGGCCCCGCGGAGGACCCCUUCUCUUCCGCCCCCAUGCCCAGACCCGCCUCGUCCCCCCAGUCACCCGCUGCUCCAGUGAACGGCUCGGCCGCUGGCUUCCCUCCUCCCGCUAACCCGCCAGCCGCCGCCCCCCCAGCGCUGCCCCCCCCACUGCCCGCCCGCGACACUAACCCCUGGGCCAAACCGCACGGCCCCGCCCACGCCCACGCAGUAUUUUUGACCCCUUUGUCUCAUCUCCUAGGAGACUGGACCAGCCCCACCCCUGCAGCUGUUGCCCCUCCUAUUCCCAUCACAACUGCCCCGGUUGCCCCCGUGGCCCAGGUUGCCCCGCCCUCUCACAGACGCACCCCAUCGGAGGCGGACCGCUGGCUGGAGGAGGUGUCGAAAUCCGUGAGGGCCCCGCAACCGGCCCCCACCGCGCCGCCCCCCCCGGCACCCGCCCCGGCCUUCCCCACCCCCGUCCCCGUGGCCCCCGUAGCCCCCGUGGCCUACCUGCCCCCCAUGCCCCCGCGCCAGCCCCCCUACCAGCCCCCGGCCCCGGCCUCCUACCCCAUGUCUAACGGCCUGCCGUACGCCCCCCCCAGCGUGCCGGUCGUGGGCAUCACCCCCUCCCAGAUGGUCGCCAACGUCUUCGGCUCGGCCGCGCCCCCGGCCCCGCCCCCGCCCCAGACGUACGCGCCCCAGACGUACCCCGUCCCCCACAUCCCGUACCCGCAGUACGACGGCCGCCCCCCGGCCUGCGCCCCCUUCGGGAAGCCGCCCCACGCCCCCGCCCCCGCCCCGGUCCCCUUCGCCCCGCCGCCCAACGGGAACGCCGCCUUCAACGGGGCGGAGAGCUGGGGGCCCGCCCCCCUGCCCCCGCCGUCCUCCCCCGCGGCCCCGCCCCAGCCCCCGCCCCCGGUGGACGCCUUCGAGGCGCAGUGGGCCGCCCUGGAUACCCGGCCCCGCCAGCGCACCACCCCGUCCCCCACAAACCCCUUCUCCAGCGAGCUGCACAAAACCUUCGAGAUCCAGCUCUAGAGUCCGAGCUGCGGCAAGUCACA